GUGAAAUAAUUGAAUGGCACUGUCAUUGUAGUUACUCUGCUGUGCAAAAGAUGUUUAUCGGUAUCGCAAUAAACUGCUGGGUUGUGGAUUACCCGAGGAAAAACAUUCUUCUAGUCUGAACAGGCAAGGCAUAAUAAGAAUUAAAAAUAAGAUCACGAAAAUCUAAAGAAAUCUGAUGAGAGAUCCAUCUUGUUCCUUUCAAGUCAUGUUGAUACAUAGUUUACAUGCUGGGAAAUUCCACAAACUACAAAUACUCAGAACAUAUAGAUUUGGUUGAAAGACUCAAGUUACUACUGCAAGAUGAGCUGCAAUUACACUGAAGAAGAUGAAAGUACUGAACUGGAAUGUAAAAUCUGUUACCAAAAAUACAAUGGCCAUAACCGAAAGCCGAAGAUACUCGACUGUUUACACAGAAUAUGUGCAAGGUGUCUACACAAAAUCUUAGAUGCCAACGAUAGUUGCCACUGCAUUACCUGCCCUUUUUGUCGCCAAGAGACAGAGAUCCACGAUGCUGAUAUUGAAAAUCUUCCUAAUGACACAAAUAUUAUAUGCAAACUUACUGCAAGAGACAAAACACAGAAUUCAGAUUGCAAAGAGAUAGUUUUAACACCAAAGAGCUUGACUUCAUCCAAUUCAACCCUGAAUUCUUCUAACUGCUUAGUGAUUAACAUAAGGGAGGUCCAAAGGAAUUCUCCAAGAAGGCAUAUCACAUCUUAUAACCACAGAGUUCACAGUCUUGACACCACAUCCAUUACAUCUCAAAGCAGAAUUGAUCAAGACGUGUUCUCCAAAGUUUGCAACCGUGUGCCAAGGAUACUAGUGUGGCUGCUAGGUUUAUUCUAUUUCAGCUCACUGCCACUUGGAAUUUAUCUUUUGGUAAUUCAAAAAGUGACUCUUGGUAUUGUUUGUGUCAGUCUUGUUCCUUCCAGUUUGACGGUUUGUUUGGUUUAUGGUUUUUGUCAGUGCCUCUGUCAAGGUAUAUGUGAUUGCUCAUCAAGAAACUAAUAGCCACUAAAACAAAAUAUCGAUUUAUUCAGUAGCCUUAUUAAAAAUGUUUGAAAUGUUGGCUUGUCUUGGGAUCAUGCAUCCAUAGGGAGUGGGAAAAUAAUUCCAAAUGCCUCUCAGGUUGUCGGAUUUCACUCCCAAGUGCCCUGGCUCCAGUUCUAAAGAACCACUUUAAUAUAGCACUUUUCACAAUCUCAGGAAUCCUAAAGUGCUUUACAAUUAACUAAUACAUUUAACAUGUAAUCACUGUUGUAAUGUAGAAAGCAUGGUAACUUAGACACAACAGACUCCCAUACGGACCUUAAUGAGAAUUCUCGAAUAGAAGACUCUUUUUUGCCCAUUACUACUUUCAGCACUUCAGUUAAUUUACUCCUCAAUCUUUCAACCUCAGUUAACAAAAAUCUCAAAUUAUAUAACUUGUCCUUAUAAAUGAAUCGUUCAUUUCCAAUCAUGCUGGUGAACGGGUACCAAAACCUGAAUGUAAUGCCCUAAAUGGAUUCUGCAGAAGCAUCAGUUCCUCAUUUUGCAAUUCAACCCCUUGGGGGAAAAAAAACAUAAUUUAGCCCCUUAAAAAAACUCUUAUUUUGCAAUUUAUUUAUACACAUGGUCAACUCAUCCCCUUUGUUUCUGCAAACACAAGGAAAUCUGCAGAUGCUGGAAAUACAAGCAACAUACACAAAAUGCUGGUGGAACACAGAAGGCCAGGCAUCAUCUAUAGGAAGA